ACAAGUACCAGAAGACAACGUUAACAAACGAGUCGAACACAUCAUUGGUCGAAGUGCAGGUGAGAGCACAGGUUGGCUAACUUUAAGGAAGGUGGGACAUUACUUUAGUUUUUGCCCAGCUCUUAAAGGUUGAAUCAUGGACCAAGACAACAACUCCGAGGAUGACUUGGUAGGUCCCUCUGAAGAUGCUUCUGAAGAUGAGUCACUGCCUAGUCGUCCCCCUGGACUCUCGGACUCUGAGGAGGUGGAGCUGCUAUGGCAAGUGCGUGCCCAGCGGCGCCAGUCUUCCCCAGAACUCCCUGAAACAGUCACCCGGCUGACUGCCCCAGAUGGCAGCCUGCUCUACUUGGUAGGCACCGCCCACUUCAGUGACAGCAGCAAGAAGGACGUGGCCACGACGAUCCGUGCAGUGCAGCCAGACGUGGUGGUGGUGGAGCUGUGCCAGUACAGGGUGUCCAUGCUGAGGAUGGAUGAAAAGACACUGCUGAAGGAGGCAAAAGACAUUAAUCUGGACAAGGUCCAGCAGGCCAUCAAACAGAAUGGAGUGAUGUCUGGCCUGAUGCAGAUCCUGCUGCUCAAAGUGUCAGCUCACAUCACAGAGCAGCUGGGCAUGGCUCCUGGAGGGGAGUUUAGGGAGGCCUUCAAACAGGCGGGCCGAGUGCCCUUCUGCAAGUUCCACCUGGGGGACCGGCCUAUCCCGGUGACAUUCAAACGGGCCAUCGCUGCUCUCAGUCUGUGGCAGAAAGCCAGACUGGCCUGGGGCCUGUGCUUCCUGUCAGACCCCAUCAGUAAGGAGGACGUGGAGAAGUGCAAACAGAAGGACCUGCUGGAGCAGACGAUGCUAGAGAUGAUCGGCGAGUUCCCCGCUCUCCACCAGACCAUUGUAGCCGAGCGAGACAUCUACCUCACACACACGCUCCGCCAGGCCGCACGCUGUGUGGAGGCGCCCCCCAAUGCCCAGAAAGUGCCUGCUGUGGUGGUGGGAGUGGUGGGGAUGGGCCAUGUCCCUGGCAUCGAAAGGAACUGGGAGAAGGAUCUCAACAUUCAGGAGAUCAUGAGUGUUGCGCCCCCAUCUCGUUUUGGCUGGAUGUUGCGCACGGUGCUGAAGGCUGGGGUGAUAGGAGUACUGGGAUACGCCUGCUACCGUGCAGGAGGGGGCAUGGGGAGGGCUCUUCUUUCCCUACCUGCUGUCCAAUCACUACUGGACAACCUGCGACCACUGCCCCCAGCAGCGGCGUGACCCCUCCUAUACCUGUGACAUUAACGAGCCCCUCUAAUACGAAAACAAUGCAUCUACCACCAAUGGCCUUAUUGAUAGGAGGGGUUAGAGGUCAAGAUUCACCUCCUACCCUAUGAACUGACAUGGACGUAAGGGGUCCGAGGGCUUGAGCCGCCCUCCCUCUCGUUUCCUUCCUUCCUCUCCUCCAUGUCCCUGUGGAACACAACAGUACUGCCUAAGAAACCAUGACAGUACCCUUAUUUUAUUUUUGUAUAUUUUAAAAAAAAAAUGGCAAAAGAAGGAUUUUUGUAAGAUUUACAAAUGUUUUUCCAUUUAUAUUACAUCUGCUAUCCCCCACAUUCCAAUUAAUGUCACAUUGAAAUUUGAGAUAAAAAAAAAAAAAGAUUUUGGUGCAUAUGGUCUUUGAAGUUGAUAUUAUUGGCCCAAGUCAUUAUAUAUCAAAAUAAACUGGGUGGUUCGAGCCCUGAAUGCUGAUUGGCUAACAGCUGUGGUAUAUCAGAUCGUAUACCACGGGUAUUACAAAACAUCUGUUUUUACUUCUCUAAUUACAUUGAUAACCAGUUUUAUAAUAGCAGUAACGCUCCUCGGGUUUGUGGUAUAUGGCCGCCUCGUUGCAUUUAAGCCCUUAGCCGUGGUGUAUUGGCCAUGUACCACACAUCCUCAGGCCUUAUUGCUUAAGUGUGUGUGUGUAUGUAUAUAUAUGUAUAUAUAU